UUUUUAGCACGGGAUUGCACCAUCGAGCUUGCGUUGUUGUGUUAUUGUCAUCGGCCUACGAUAGCGAUGACCACCGCUGACCCGUUUCCGAAACGGCUCGCGUGGAAAUUCAAAUGACACUUUGCCUCUCAAGGUGCAGUGGACUUGGUCGUACAUUUUCACUCCUAAUCCGCGGUCGCUAGCGGCGUUAGCCUCAGCCGCCGCGCACCGAUGUCAAUUUUGACAGGACCCGACGAAGAGCGGAGUCACGUCGGCUCUGGUGCAGGGAACGCGGCCGCUCGCGUGCCGCCGUGUUGACUUCCGAGGUCUUCAGUAUUUCAAGAAAUUUCAAAUUCCAAGAACCUCGCCUCGAGCUUCUUGCGAGCGAGUUUACGAGAUUCACUCAGCGAUUUGGCGCCACUUUUUCAGUCAACACCCAUUGAAUCUCGUCAUCAUGUAAUAUUUAGGCGAAAUGGGCACACUUACUCUGUGUUCAUCUGCUAUAUAUGACCGUUUUAACAAUAAAUACCAUAUCUUAUUGCACCCAGAACACCCGUUUUUAUAUCGUCGCAGUUGUUUUACCCGCAUUGUCAUCCAACAUCGUGGCAAAUACUGUUAUAAGCAGCGACAAACCAUCUCCUGUAAUUUGCGUUUGGCUUUUUUUUUUAAUCGGCUCUUCUAUUAUGAUGACUUCUCAUCUUUACAUGUUGUAGGAUGCACUCGGAGGAGAACAUGAAUACCGGUUUCAUGCAAGCGACCGUGUCUUGUAUUUUCUAAGAAUUACACGCCAGUCAUAAAUUGGAAGUGACCCAGAAGAUGUUAGAGAAAUGAUAGCAGCACCAGAAAUACCAGCAGACUUCGCCUAUGCUCAGGAUACAGACACACAAUUCUCUUCAGACACAGACUUUUCUGAAGAUCCAGAUGGAAGGAGUUCAAACUCAACUAAAGGAAAGGGUGGAAAAAAGGGGAAGAAAGCAUCAGGAGAUAAAGGCAAAGGGGCAAAAGGGGCAGGUCGGAUAAAUGGCCACCACCAGGAGAAUGGCAUGGAAAACAUGAUGCUUUUUGAGGUGGUCAAGCUGGGCCGGAGUGCAAUGCAGUCGGUCGUUGAUGACUGGAUUGAGUCUUACAAACACGACAGAGAUGUUGCGCUACUUGAUCUCAUCAACUUCUUCAUCCAGUGCUCAGGGUGUAAAGGUGUUGUUACUGGAGAGAUGUUCCGCAACAUGCAAAAUUCUGAAAUCAUUAGACGAAUGACAGAAGAAUUUGAUGAGGACAGUGGAGACUACCCUCUUACUAUAGCAGGGCCCCUAUGGAAAAAGUUCAAGUCAAGUUUUUGUGAAUUUAUUUCGGUCCUGGUGCGACAGUGUCAAUACAGUAUCAUCUAUGAUGAAUAUAUGAUGGACACAGUUAUCUCCCUUCUCACCGGACUGUCAGACUCUCAAGUCAGAGCCUUCAGACACACCUCUACACUGGCAGCAAUGAAGCUGAUGACAGCCCUGGUGAAUGUAGCUCUAAACUUGAGCAUUAACAUGGACAAUACCCAGCGGCAAUACGAGGCGGAGAGGAAUAAAAUGGUGGCUAAAAGGGCCAACGAUAGGCUGGAGUUUCUCUUGCAGAAACGAAAAGAGCUCCAAGAAAACCAAGAUGAGAUUGAGAACAUGAUGAAUGCAAUAUUUAAAGGAGUGUUUGUACAUCGAUAUCGUGAUUCAAUAGCAGAAAUCAGGGCCAUCUGUAUAGAAGAGAUUGGCGUUUGGAUGAAGCUUUAUAGUGAUGCCUUCCUAAAUGACAGCUAUCUAAAGUAUGUGGGGUGGACAAUGCACGAUAAGCAAGGUGAGGUACGACUGAAGUGUCUGACAGCUCUACAGGGUCUGUACUACAACAGAGAGCUCAAUGCAAGGCUGGAACUCUUCACCAGUCGCUUCAAGGACCGCAUCGUCUCCAUGACCCUUGAUAAGGAGUAUGAUGUUGCGGUACAAGCAAUCAAGCUGCUCACUUUAGUUUUGAAUAGUACAGAUGAGGUGUUAACCCCUGAGGAUUGUGAGAGCGUCUAUCAUCUGGUCUACUCGGCACACAGGCCUGUUGCUGUUGCAGCAGGAGAAUUCCUCUACAAAAAACUGUUCAGCCAGAGAGAACCAGAGGAGGAAGGUGCCCCUAAGAGGAGAGGCAGACAAAGUCCCAAUGCCAACCUAAUCAAGACCACUGUUUUUUUCUUCCUGGAGAGUGAGCUCCAUGAGCAUGCAGCCUACUUGGUGGACUCUCUUUGGGAUUGUGGUCCUGAGUUACUGAAGGACUGGGAUUGUAUGAUCAGUUUACUACUAGAUGACCCGAUGCCAGGAGAGGAAGCUCUUACAGACAGACAAGAGACAGCUUUGAUUGAAAUCAUGCUGUGCACUGUACGCCAGGCUGCUGAAUGUCACCCCCCGGUCGGAAGAGGCACAGGGAAGCGGGUGAUGACAGCUAAAGAAAAGAAGACUCAGCUUGAUGACAGAACCAGAAUGACUGAGCUCUUUGCUGUGGCUUUGCCCCCUCUACUGGCCAAGUAUGCUGUGGAUGCAGAGAAGGUGACCAACUUGUUGCAACUGCCCCAGUUCUUUGACCUGGAAAUUUACACCACAGGACGUCUAGAAAAGCACCUUGAAGCCCUGCUCCGCCAAAUCAAGGAAAUUGUGGAGAAGCACACAGACACUGAAGUUUUGGAGACAUGCUCCAAGACCUACCACUCCCUCUGCAAUGAGGAAUUCACAAUUUUUAACAGGGUCGACAUUGCCCGCUCCCAGCUGUUGGAUGAGCUGGUGGACAAGUUCAACAGGCUACUGGAGGAUUUUCUGCAAGAGGGUGAAGAUACUGACGAAGAUGACGCAUAUCAGGUUUUGUCAACUCUAAAGAGGAUCACAGCUUUUCACAAUGCACACGAUCUCUCUGGGUGGGACCUCUUCACCAGCAAUUUUAAAUUGCUCAACACAGGCAUUGAGAAUGGCGAUAUGCCCGAACAGAUAGUCAUCCAUUCAUUGCAGUGUACCCAUUAUGUUAUCCUGUGGCACCUGGCCAAGUUAUCUGAAGGCAGCUCCCGAAAGGAUGACAUGGUUACCUUGAGGAAACAGAUGAGGGCCUUCUGCAUGAUGUGUCAACGGUACCUCACAAAUGUCAACACCGCUGUUAAAGAACAGGCAUUCACCAUCCUUUGUGACCUCCUGCUCAUCUUCAGCCACCAGAUGGUAGCUGGAAGCAGAGAACACCUAGAGCCUUUGGUAUAUUCCCCAGAGGAUUCGCUUCAGUCUGAACUGCUGUCCUUCAUCCUAAAUCAUGUCUUCAUAGACCAGGAUGAUGACACCAACAGCACAGAUGGGCAACAGGACGACGAGGCAGUAAAGAUUGAAGCUUUACACAAGAGGAGAAACCUCCUGGCUGGCUAUUGUAAACUGAUCAUUUACUGCGUGGUAGAAAUGAAAACCGGAGCUGACAUUUUUAAACAGUACAUGAGGUAUUACAAUGAUUAUGGUGACAUCAUCAAGGAGACAAUGAGUAAAACCCGGCAAAUUGACAAGAUUCAGUGUGCCAAAACCCUCAUCCUCAGCCUUCAGCAGCUUUUCAAUGAAAUGCUGUCAGAACUGGGCCAUGGGUUUGAUCGUUCUUCUUCUGCUUUCUGCGGAAUCAAAGAGUUGGCUCGGCGAUUUUCUCUAACCUUUGGCCUUGACCAAGUGAAAACCAGAGAUGCCAUCGCCAUGCUACACAAGGAUGGCAUUGAGUUUUCUUUUAAAGAACCAAGUCCCCAGGGAGAAGGAGGCCCUCCCCUCAAUCUGGCUUUCUUAGACAUCCUCAGUGAAUUCUCCUCUAAGCUGAUGAGACAAGACAAGAGGACUGUUCACAUGUACUUGGAGCGGUUUAUGACGUUCCAGAUGGCACUGCAAAGAGAGGACUGCUGGCUCCCCCUCAUUUCAUACAGGAAUUCCCUACAGGCCGGUGGUGAUGAUGACACUAUGUCGGUGAUGAGUGGCUAUUCCAGCAGAGGCUCCUCAAUUCGUUCGAAAAAGACCAAGGCUCCUGCUACUACAACUGGAACGUCUGCAGCGAAGCGGAAGCUACCAGAAGAGGAAAGCAGUAGCAGUGAUGUGUGGCAGCAGCAGGGUAUGCAGACACCGGUCAUGUUACCAUCCCCCCACCUCACCUCCACUGCCAUGCGGGAACCUAAGAGGGGUCGUGAUGACACCUACAUGGGUGUCUAUGCCCUCCCUCACGACCAGCCGCAGCCUCACCAACACCCACAACAACACCACCAACAGGCACCUCAGCACCACCAGACCCCCAUGGAUUACAAUUCCCAGGUGACGUGGAUGCUGGCCCAGAGACAAGAAGAAGCUCGCCAGCAGCAGGAAAGAGCCAUGAACUACGCCAAGCUCAAGACCAAUCUGCAUCAUGCUAUACGUCGGGGCACCGGCCUCAUGGAGGAAGAUGAAGAGCCCAUUGUGGAAGAUGUCAUGAUGUCUUCUGAGGGUCGUAUGGAUGACCUUAAUGAAGGCAUGGACUUUGAUACAAUGGACAUCGACUUGCCCCCGUCUAAAAAUCGUCGUGAGAGGUCUGAGCUCAAGCCGGACUACUUUGACCCUGCUUCUAUAAUGGAUGAGUCGGUCCUGGGAGUGUCUAUGUUUUAAACUAAUAUCCAAAUGAUUUUGAAGCUGGGAUACGAGAAGAGGAGCUUUGUAUUUAAAGAGAAUUUUAGAUGCGAAAACAAUGUGUUUUCUGUAAGAAAAAGCAAAAAUGAAAAAAAAAAAAAAACCAACGUUUUGGCUUGUACUCCAUAUGGACCAAUGAUGACCCACACUCAGUGUUGCUUGCUCAGAGAGGACUUCAAAUAUCUACUUUUAUAAUCUCGGUUCAGGUCUUCCUGUUCCUAAAUAGUCAAUCAGGCCACUUCCAAACCUAUUAAAGACGAUAACGUGUCUGAGGAAAAAUCCAUAAUAGCAUUUUCCCUGUUUUCUUUUCUUUCCCAGCGGGGAUGGAUUAGUGUGUUUUAACUUAAGAAACAUUGUUUUUUGUUUUAUUUUUUGUUUUGUUUUUUUGUCUAACCCUUUUUACAAUUGUAGUAAGUUACCAGGUGUGAUGUAGUAAUUUAUAAACAGACUGUAGUAGCUUGCCUGUACCGUGUUAGCCAACUGGAUGGAGGUCUUUCUGUUCUUGUAUCCGACCACCUCCCUCCCUCCCCCACUUUGUCUUUUUUUUUUUUUUAGUUCAUCUCCCCGCUUUGAGCUCCCGAUAACCGCUGGUGGUUAAGAUUGUGAGAUGUCAUGUGGAAUCAGUCUCAAUCCAUGUUUAUGCUGUGAAGAGUCUCACAGUCCUGUAAUAAGUCUUGGAGCUUUCCCCGAGCUUUGGACCAUUCCUUGAACGCCAUCUGUUUGGAGAAUUGUUUCCCCCCCCCGAACAACAAAGUAGCCCAGUCCAAGGAAAAUCAUUUUCUUCUCUUUCUCAGUCUAGCGGCAUCAUGUCAAAAAUGGGUAUCUACAUUUUAAAUAAAAAUUAUAUAUGAAUUGGUGCUGAUUUUUAUAUGUGCUUUGGUUUUCUUAUUUUCAAUCUUCGGUCACAAAUGAAAGACGUGUAAGAAACUGAAAAAAAAAAUGAAAGCAUGUAAAUCGAUGCAGCGAGAAAGAUUUUUAGAUUUGUAUUUUUACGUUUUGAUUUUUUUUUGUUUUCUUCCUUUUGUCUUGAUAAUGUCUCCGGGUUUUUACCUUCUUUCCUAAUGUGUAAAUUAGUUUGGAUAAAACGAAUGAAAUUCAGCUUUAAGAGUUUCUCAGCUUGAGUCGUGAAAAUACGUACUUAGAGAUUUCAAAUGUUAAUAAAGCGGAAGGUCGUCUUUCAGAAAUUAUUGAACACGAGAUAUUCAGCAGCGCUGUGGCAGCUAGACAAAGCUUAGAUUUUGACAUAUAUUUGUCACACACGAGUUUGAAUGAACUGUUUUGUCUACUGAGUUUUUUUUGUUUUUUUGUUUUGUUUUGUUUUUUUGUAGUCAUUCCAUGCUAAAGCCUUAAACAUGCUUCUUCUCUCACUCUAAUCUUCCAUGUCAGCAGAUUGGUCAUGUUUAAAGGUGGAUAAUUGGCUUCUUAGAACAUGAAGUGGUCAAAUGUAAUGUGAUCAUGUAGAUGAGCAGUCUUUGUGUUUUGCCUAAUUAUUUCAUGUAAGUAAAAAAAGAAAAAAAAGUUCUUUUAAUGAAAAAGUACUGUUUAUUGUUUGUUGCUUACCACUACAUUGGUAUAAAUCCUUAUUAGAUAUCGUGUAUAUAUUCAAAUUUUUAUUUCUUUCCUUUUUGGCCAUUUUGUGUUCUUCACGCUUGCCUAUACCCUGAGUUGUCUAUUCUCCCACCCUCUUUCAGUCACUUUGUUUUCUGAUUUGUACUUGUCUGGAAACAGUAACUUUUGAAUAAAAAUCAACACACAAUUUCAA